GAUCCGCGGAUCCCGCCGCCCCCGGCUCCGCGCCCCGACUGCCGCGCAAGAAGCGGAGCCCGGCGAUGGCGCUGCGGGUCCGAAGGAGGUCGGAGAGGCGCCCCCUCCCUUGAAAAGGGGGUCCUGCUGGUGCCCCCCCGCCCGAGGACCCCCCCCUUCCCGGCCAUGAUUCUGCGGAGCAGCUUUCUCCGGCGCCCGCGGCCGGUCCUGCGCCCCUGGGCGCCUCUGCUGGCCCGGAGCCCCGCCAGGGCGCAAUCCUCGCGCGCGGCGCCCCCUCCCCGGCGCGGCCGGCCCCUGCGGGUCCUGGUGGACAUGGACGGGGUGCUGGCGGACUUCGAGGGCGGGUUCCUGAAGAAGUACCGCGCCCGGUUUCCGGACCUGCCCUACAUCGCCUUGGAGGAUCGGCGCGGGUUCUGGGUCUCGGCGCAAUACGGGAAGCUGGAGCCGGGGCUGAGCGAAAAGGCUAUCAGUAUUUGGGAAUCAAAGAACUUUUUCAUGGAGCUUGAUCCACUUCCGGGGGCUGUGGAAGCUCUGAAGGAGAUGGCAGAAUUAGAAGCGACUGAUGUCUUCAUAUGCACGAGUCCCAUCAAGAAGUACCUCCAUUGCCCGUAUGAAAAGUUUGCCUGGGUAGAGAAGCAUUUUGGGCACGAAUUUCUGGAGCACAUGGUUCUCACCCGAGAUAAGACGAUCGUCUCUGGACAGGUGCUGAUUGACGACCGACCUGAUAUCGUAGGAGUGGAACAAAAUCCCACCUGGGAACACGUGCUUUUCACCGCCUGCCACAACAAACACCUGCGGCUCCCGGCUUCUUGCCGCCGGUUGCACUCAUGGGCUGAUGACUGGAAGGCCAUCUUGGAUAGCAAACGGGGCUCCUAAAGCUGGGAGCAUUCCUCAGCCGGGCCAGCGAAGGACAGUCUGGUUGCCUGAAGGCUAUUUUCCUUGAGUUGCUGGGCAUUAAAAAGAAGACCUUAUCUGUGGUUUGGACUGGCACAUCAGGAAGGAGAGCUGUGGCCCCAAAUGGCAGCCAGUUUUUGCAGCUCAAGGAAGUCCUCAAGUUUCCACUAGGGGGUCCGUGACAUUGGCCAAGUGUUCCAACUAUGCUGAGGGCCUCUCAUUGAUCAAAUGGACUAAUGAUGGUUUCCGACCCCUGGUUAACUUUCUGUGUGUCUUCCUUAAAGAUGGUAGCCAUCCUUGCCUUUGGCCCCCAGUGGAUGGACAGGCCACUGCUUCUGGAUCUCAAAUGACCUUUGUUGCAAUGGGCUUGUAAGAAAUGCUCCGUGGCACAAUGUUCCGUGGCAGAACGUGUGGCCUCCUGGCCCCACCUGCCUAGCCAGGAUUUCACAUGCACAUGUGAGUUUGCUGCACUGAUUCACCCUGAAGGAUCUUGGGGCGGCACCUGAUUUCAGAGCUUUCCAAAUUCCAGGGAAGGUUGUUGUGUCAAAAGAGUCA